AUGCAUUUCGACUCAUCCCGUGAGUUUCCGGAUUUUUCCUUCAACUCUAUGCCCUCCGAACUGUCGAAGAAAGUUCUAGAAAAUGAUUGCUUUGAGUGUCGAGUGACAGGGUCAUUGAGCUGCGCUGCGAUUGGAGCAUUCGUGUUCUAUCAGUCAUCGAGUGCUUACUAUUUGAAGCGACCUUACUUAAAGUUAGCUGUUCGUGGUAUUGGAGCUGUGUUUUUGUACGGUGCGGUAGCCCGAUGGUUCUAUUUCCCACCGUUUCGAUCACUGAAAGGAUCGCGGACAAGAAUUGAUGUCUAG